UUCUUUUGUGAUUGUGUGUUCAUGAGCUUUUCUGAACCAAAACAAGCCCAUAACCACUUCCGGGUGGGUGAUAGGCAGGCUGGCAGGGGCUCUUACCUGUGGGGACAGUGGCAGGCAGCAGGAGCUGGCCUCUUUGGAAGGGCUUGUUUUUAAACCCAAGCAAAUGGCUGAACCUGAAUCUGGAAGAAAGCGGCUGAACACAGUGUCUGUAGCCCCUGACUGGCCUGGGACAAGUUGAUCACAGGAACCAGACCAGACAGGACAGGAAAGAGCAGAGCCUGGGCUUUGCUGCAGGCCCUCUGGCUGAGCUAGCUGAGGGCCCUCCCCUGGGCUGGUCCUGGUUGGGAGCAGAGCUGACUUCGGCCUUCAUCCGAGCACUUCACAGAGAGGUUCCAGAGGCAAAAGUCCUCCUGGCCCGGCCAUGGCAGAUCUCUGUGAUGUGGCUCCCACCAUCCUCACCCCCUUGAUGGAUCAGGUUCUGGUGCCAGCCCUGGAUAGCAGCAUCACUCUGAACUGCACAUUCUCAGUGGCCUUUGAGGCCCACUGCCCCCCUGCUGUCCAGUGGCUGAAGAAUGGUCAUCUGCUUGGGAACCACAGCCUCUAUGACAUUCAGGAAGUCUUCUGGGGUGGAGCCAAUGCAUCUGAGGGGGUCCUGUCCAGCGUCCUGGGGGCCAACCUGACAAGUAUCCAGGACUACGGGAUCUUCACCUGCGCACUCCGGAAUCUCAGUGCCUCAUUCACACUGCAGAGGACAGACCCUGCUGGCCACAUCCUGGCUGUUCUUGCCUCUCUUCUGGUCCUGCUUGUCCUGUUUGUGGUGGCCCUGCUCUAUGUGAAGUGUCGUCUCCGUGUGUUGCUCUGGUACCGGGACAAAUAUGGGGACGUGGAGAUGAAUGAUGGGAAGCUCUAUGAUGCCUACAUCUCUUACACCAGCUCUCCAGAAGACAGGAAGUUUGUGAACUUCAUCCUAAAACCACAGCUGGAGAAUCGGCAUGGCUACAAGCUUCUCCUGGAUGACAGAGAUGUCCUCCCCAACUCAGAGCCCUCCGCAGAUCUGAUAAUGAACCUCAGCCGAUGUCGGCGCCUUAUUGUGGUUCUCUCAGACACUUUCCUGGGCCAGGCCUGGUGCAGACACAAUUUCAGGGAAGGCCUAUGGAGGCUCCUUGAAUUGUCCCGAAGGCCAAUCUUCAUCACAUUUGAGGGUCAGACCCGCAAUCCUUUACACCCUGCUUUCCACCUGCUUCGGCAGCAUCGACAUGUUGUGACCCUGCUUCUGUGGAGGCCAGGCUCUGUGACUCCCUCCUCCGAUUUUUGGAAGGAACUACGUCUAGCCCUGCCACGAAAGGUGCACUAUAGGGCCCUGGUGAGUGACCCCCAGACUCAGCUACAGGAGGACAAGGAUCCCAUGUUGACCCUCCACGGUGGCUUCCUGGAGGGCCGGCCUGGUCCAGACCCGGACCCUGACCCUGACCCCGAAGGAGACUUGGGUGUCAGGGGACCCAUCUUUAAAGACCUCCCCCCUCCACGCAUGAGCCCAAUCCCUGAGCUGCCAAGACUUAAGCCUUCUGGUGGGGAAACCCAACGGAAUGACAUCGAUAUCUCUGACCUGGGAUCCCGCAACUAUGGGGCCCGGACUGACUUUUACUGCCUGGUCACUGAAGAUGACAUGUAGGCUGCCAAGGACCUCCCACCUGGCCUUGCUCUGAGGAGCAGGGCCUUGUAAUAGAGUACAGAGACUUGGACUGGGGGGGAGCAGAGUAAUUCAGUGGAGAGAAGAGUGUCUCCUUCCUCUAAAUCAAAAGCCAGUGCCCUGUCUAGGUCUGUUUCUUGUGCUACAAAACAAGAGAUUGGACUGUGUGACCCCAAUGGUUCUUUCAGUUUGAAAUCUAGGACCCUGUGGCUCUUUGCUCAAUCCCCUGAGACUCAGGCCACAAAGAGCACAGGGGAUGACCUGGUCCAGGGCAUUCGAGUCUGGGGCCCUCGAACCCCAGGCUUCACCUUAUUUCUGUUUUCUGCCAAUAAAGUGACAAUUCCCACA